AUGAUAUCAUUUAAAGUAUCAAAAAACAACAGCAAUAGCAGUUCCAGUAUAUAUUCGGCUGCGAUUUCACAUUUGGAAGAAGGUAAGAUGAAAGGUUUAGUUGAGCAUGUGGAGACAGUCGAAACUGGUCCACACGGAAAGGGAAAAUUGCAUUUGCGGGAUGGUGAUAACAUAGAUGAAGAAAGAGUUGAUAAAGAUAUCCUAGCCUACAUGGAAGAUAGUGCUAUUGAAAUUGAUGAUACAACCAACAAAAGGUUAAGAAGUAUGAUAAAUAAGAGAAUAUUACCAUGCAUGAUCGUUACUUAUUUUUUGCAGGCAUUAGAUAAAGGUACACUUUCUUUUGCAUCUAUAAUGGGUAUAAGAGAGGAUGCCGGAUUGGUAGGUCAACAAUACUCGUGGUUAACAACUUGUACUUACUUGGCUGUAUUAUUUUGGGAAUGGCCAACAAAUUGGAUAAUCCAAAAGUUACCAAUUGCUAAAUAUUUGGCUUUCAAUAUUAUAGCCUGGGGGAUUGUCUUAAGUUGCCAUGCGUUGGGAAAAAACUUUGCAAUUUUGGUUGUUGUGAGAACCUUAUUAGGGUUCUUUGAGUGCUGCUGUCAACCAUGUUUUAUUCUAAUGUCUGCCAUGUGGUAUAAGAGAUCCGAACAGGCUCUGAUUAUUGCCUUAUGGUAUAUGAUGAAUGGUGGGCAGCAGAUUGUUGGUGGUUUGCUAUCAUAUUGCUUUUCGUUGAUUGACGGAGCAGCAUUAAGAAACUGGGAAAUAUUAUUUUUGACUUACGGAUGCAUUACUGUGGUAUGGGGGGUUUUUGUUUUAUGGUGGACUCCAGAUUCUCCAAUGAAAGCUAAAUGUUUCUCUGAAACGGAUAAAAAAUUGAUGGUUGAAAGAGUCCGUUCGAACCAAACUGGAAUCCAGAAUAAAGAGUUCAAAAAAUAUCAACUUUAUGAAGCUUUGAGUGAUCCUCAAACUUACUGUUAUUUUUUUAUUCAAUUUUUAACAUCAUUGCCAACCUCUGGACUAGGGGCAUUUGCUAAUAUAAUUAUCUCGUCUUUUGGUUUUUCUGUCUUACAAACUCAAUUAUUAGCUAUGGUAUUAGGUGCUUAUUUGAUUGUUUUAUUAUUAUCAUCUGCAUGGUUAUCAUCUAGAUUUAACCAAAACAUUCUUUUUAUGAUUUGCUAUGUGGUGCCUUCGAUUAUUGGCACUGUUGUAUUGAUGACAGUAACAUAUACUGGAAUGGAUACAGACUCUUACGAAUAUAAACUUAGGCGAGGAGUAUUGCUCUUCUGCUAUUAUUUAACAUUGUCCUUUUGGGGUGUUGCCAACUUGGGACUUUCUUUGCUCUCAAGGAAUAUUGCUGGUCAAACUAAAAAGUCUUUCUGUACUGCUUUAAACUUUGUUGGGUGGGCUGUCGGUAAUUGCGUUGGUCCCCAGGUUUUCAGAGACCAGGAUUCACCAAGGUAUUUGACUGCAUUUGCAACUCACAUGGGCUGUUAUGCUGCUCUAAUAAUCUUAUUACUAUGUAUGAGAUUAUGGUUGAUGAAAGAAAAUUUUAGAAAAGAUAAACUCAUCGAAAGAGGUGAAGCAGUUGCUGACAGCAAAUUGAAGCAUGCUUUUGAAGACUUAACAGAUAUGGAAAAUGUUAACUUCCGUUAUGCGUAUUAA